GUCUUAUAGUUCAACAAUGAUUAAGUUUGAAAUUCUGCAUGUGUCCCUCUGUGUCAUGGGUUUGCUCUCAGAGACUCUGUGCUCUUUAACUGUGGAGGUGGAAGCUGGAGAUAACGCCACUGUUUGGUGCCAACAUGAGCUGAGUGAUACAGGUUACAUUGUCUGGUUUAAACACACAAGUGCUUCGGUUCCACUUCUUCUUGGGUGCAAAAAGUUUAGGACAUCAGCUCCAUCACAAAACUGUUACUUCUAUAAUGAAAUUGAGCGAAUAGUGAUGUCUGUUCACGGCAAGAACACGUCUCUCACCAUCACCGCAGUAAAUGUCUCUGAUACGGGACUGUAUUACUGCAGCUUCAUAGAUCUGAACCAAGUGAACUUUAGAAACUCGACCUUUUUACAAGUGAAAGACAGAAAUAAAACACUUUCUGAGAACCCGGACAGAGCGAAAGGUUCAGUCCCUUCUUCUGUGUUCUUCCUACUGACUGUGGUGUUCGGUGCAGUGAUUGUGAUUCUUCUCAGUGUCCUGAUCUUCAUCAUACUGAAGCACAGAGAAACACACAGAGGUGCUGGAGCAGAAGAUAACGAGGAUCCGGACUCGGACUCGUUGCGUUACGCUGCGCUACAGUUCUCAAAGAAGAAAACCAAGAGGAGCGAGAGACGUGAUGAAAAUGUGGAUCCACAUGUUCUCUAUUCUUCUGUCAGACAGAGUAAUGUGUGUACAUAAUGUUAUAUAUCAGUUACUGUUUACUAAAUAUGAAACAUGUUUCUGAUGCUCUGAGGUUGAAGGGAUUUGACCUUUUAUAAUCUCACAGUUACAGAAUAUGGGAUUGUAAAACUGCAAGAGCUUCAGGAUUCUGCACAUUUCUUUUUACUAUAGACCUUGUAUUAAGUCUCUCAGUUUAUCAUCCAGUGUAAUAAUAAAUUCAGGUGCAAAUAGAUACAUUCCUUUAUUUUGGACUUGUUUCUAAGAAAAUAACAGAUUUGUCGAGGCUCUGGCAAUAAAACCUGCUCUUUGUAUCAGUCACUAAUGCUGAUGUUGUGUGUAAACGCUGUGCCCCAUAAAGUAAUACAGUCGCCUCCUCAGUGAACAGUGACUCCGCCAUGACGCUCCUGGAGACACUGAACUGAUGGAGUCUCGGUCCGGGAGAGAAGACCUAAAGCCCGCCCACACACAACACUGAUUGGUUGAUUUAGCAAGACAGACCAAUCAGGAUGCGCGCUCUCUCUCGAACUUCCGGGAUAGUUGGGAUGUCUGCAGCUACCUCGCCUGUCAACCUGUUUGGGUUAGCACGCAAAGCUAACUUGGCACC